AUGAUUUGGUGUAUUCUUUUUUGCUUUUAUAUUUCCCUUUCCUUUUCAAUUCAGAGAAGUAUUGAAUGCUCUGCCGAGCCUCAAAAGAACUAUCCUUUCUGCAACCCAGAUUUGGACAUUGACACUCGUGUAGAUGACUUCGUUUCUCGACUUACUCUCGAUGAAUGUGCCUCUCUCCUUAACAGCGAAUCUCCUGCGAUCGAACAUCUGGGCGUACGUCCCUAUGACUGGAGAAGCAAUUGCCUUCAUGGUUGGGGAUGGUGGGGUCGUACUACGGACUGGAGAGAUUUGCGCUGGCAGAAUUUCCCCAUGCCGGUAGGCUUGGGAGCGACUUUCAACCCUCGUCUGAUUAAAAAGGUCGCAGAUGUCACUGCAAAGGAGGGUCGUGCACUUCACAACAUGAUCCUCGAGUUCUAUAAUGGAACGACUCCAGAAGCUGGCGGUUUGAACUGUUUCAGUCCCAAUAUUAAUCUUAUUCGCGAUCCUCGGUGGGGUCGGAACAUGGAGGUGUUCUCUGAGGAUCCGUAUCUAACAACGAUUCUUGGUGGUGUUUACACCUUCAGUCUCCAACAAAAAGUCGACGGCUACUACAUGCUCGCAGCGUCUCCUAAGCACUUCGCCGUUCACUCCGGACCCGACAGCUCGCGCCUCUCCUUCGUCGCGAACGCGACGGAACACGAUCUUUACGAAUUCUUCCUUCCCCAAUUCGAAACACAAACACGAUGCUUAAACGCACUUGAAAUCAUGCCAGCUUAUUCGUUUUUCUUUUUCACCGCGGUUAUCUAG